CAAUGUAAUGUAAUAAUUCAAAGUUGCAGAAAUUGUUUAACAAUAGAUUGGUAUAUUGUUGGUACACCUGUUUCACACUAUGUGAUGUGAAGCGGUUAAGCGGUUAGUUUACAUGAAAUCGUGUGGCUUUGUUAUUGUUUCGCGCUUGGAGUGGUUUGGUGUUCUACUUCUUUUCUUGGAGUUUAAAACGUAAAUAUUUGUGCCUGAGUUGAAUUACUAUACUGUUAAAAAAUGGAGGACGAAAAUUUAAAGACCUUUUUGAUACCAAAUGAUUUAUGUAAGAGCGCUGGAAUAGCUGGCACUUGGAUGUCAGGAAACAAAAUUGGUGUAUUUCCUUAUCACAAUAUUAAUCAUAGUAGCAAAGAUGCCCCUAGUCAAUACACAAAGAAUGUUCCAUCUUCAGUAUUCCAUGUGAAGCAUGAGGUUGUGCUAUUUCACCCAAUCUUAAGGAGAUUGGUCACAGAGUCCAUGGGAAUUUUUCUCAAUCUGCAGACUGUUGUUGAAAACAAACCCUCUGAUUAUAAACAGCACUUGCAACAGUUUAGUGUGCAGUAUCGUUCUGUUAUUAGAGCCAGCUUGGAGAAUCUCAGAGAUGAGGUGCUGAGAGCCACAGGAGAGGAGAGAGAGACCUUACAGAACUUUAUAACAAUUUUCUAUUCAGUGGAAUGCAUCUGGCAUCUUUGUGAAAUCUUAUAUAUUGAAAAUAUUCCAGGACAUGUGGUGAUUAAGCACCUGUUGGAGUGGGUCAGAUUCCAUUUUCCGAAAUAUGAAAGAAAAGCUGCUUUUUUACUUUCUGGUGAGUCAAUUGGUUCACUGGAAUCAAGGCAAGAUUAUUGGGAAACCGUUAUUGGAUGUCUGCUUCAAGGCAGAGUGGAAGUAGUCAGGGCACUGCUUUCCUGUCAUUCCGCCGCAAAUAGUACUCAUUUUAAAUUAGCAGAUCAAAUUUUGAAAAGUAUGCCGACAUACGGGGUUUAUGAAGGCGUUUCUGUUCAGGAGUUCAAUUUACGAUGGAAGCAUUGGCUAGUUGAUACGCAAUCAAAAAUUGACUCAAAAUUAUUUAUUAGUGAGAAGAAUUUACAUUUAAUGAUGAGACUUAUUGUCGGCGAAGAAAUGGCAUGGUCUGAAGUCCAGAGCCAGUGCGAGGCGUGGUACGAACUCCUGGCCGCUUGGUUGUUUUAUACUGAACCAACUGUGAAAUCAUUUGAAUUGGGCGCAUUUGCAAAGAGGUGUAUAUCACGGAUGGGAACUAGAAUGCAUCACUUGGACAGAGUUCUAUUGGCUGCGAUGGAAGGAGAUGUUCAAAUUAUUAAGGAAAUUCAACAUAUGACAGAAAACGGAUGGUUCGUGACGCAUCUGAUGGACUUGUUAUACCACUGUGAACAGUUGGAGAAAUGGCAGACUGACAAAGAAGAUUCCUUAAAACUGAGACAUUCAUUCGUCUUUGAAUAUGGUAAUACCCUGGCGGGACAUAAAUCCUUGUGGCAGCUAGGUCUCAACUACUUGGAUCACUGUUUUCCUGAUGGUUUAGCUGCCAUAGAACUACUGUUGCCUAGGGUGCCCAUAAACGACGAAUCUAAAGCGCACAGAGUGAUUCAAGAGGCACAAAAGCGUGGCCUAUCUCAUAUUGCACAUUCAGUCGCUAAAAUUGAAGGCUUGAAGUCGUUGAGGAACGAUAGAAUGGGCAAUGCUCUGGUGUGGGCUUUAAGAUCCCAAGACUCGAAUUUUGCGUCGUUCCUUGCAGACAAAUUUCUUAAAAAAUAUGUGGAUACUGGAAUUCUUCCAAAUGUCGAUUUAUUGAGUUACCUGGGAUCCUGUAUGAUGGCCAGCGACAGGUUAAUAUUCUUAGGCAAAUACUACCAAUUCAAUAAAUUGCAUAAAGACAAGAGUUAUCGCGAGGCGGCGAAAGCGCUGGUUUCGCUGAUUGCGUCAAAAUUUACGCCAAAAUUUUUUUGGAGUACCUUGUUGUCCGAAGCAUUGACACUUCUGGAAUGUGAUGAACUUUUGCUAUCAUCUAAUGAUGUAUUCAAUCUGUUGAAUGCGGUCGAAGAGAGAUUGGAUUGCCUGUGUGAACUGGAUGAAUUGGAGCCUUUAAUUAGGUUAGGCAUAGCUAGAAAUCUCUCUAGGGCAUUAACGUACGAGGCGCAGUAUACGUGAAAGCUCAAGAUUCCAUGUCUGUUGUGACGUUUUCUUUUCUUUCUCUAAUACAUUUAAAUAAAUUAUAUAACUUGGUUA